ACUCCGCGUAGUACAGACGUACUGCAGCUAAUACACAGCUUAACUCAUUUCGUGGAAGUUAAGUCAUAAACAUGAAGAAAUACUCCGUGCUAGGCAACAAGAAGAAAGUGACGAUGGAAGUGAACUCCACGUUGUUGAAAGUGAUCGGAAAUAACUGUAUAAUCCGAGUGACCGUUAAUCAAGGCGAGAUUGAGGUGGUCGGGAACGAUUGUCGUGUAGACGUGAUCGACAACUACGGAUCUGUGAACUUGGUGGGCAGCGGCGGCGUCGUCAGCAUCGGCAAGAGAUGGAGGGGAGAUAAGGUCUCCCUGGUCGGGCCGGAUUGCCACGUCGUGGUGGACGGGAAGGAAAAAAAGUCAGCGUCCUACGAAGCGCAGCUGUCCCCGUUUAGCAAGGAUCUAGAUGAUGUUAUCGAAUCCAUCUUCACAUUCGUCAUGCGUUGAAGAAUCUAAGGAAUAAUGUGGUUAAAGUGAUUCUUGAACUUACAGUGCAGUGUGCAGUCAGUGGCGUAGCUACUAGCUAGGUAAUCGAGGACCCCGGGGCAAAAAUUUAUACCGCAACCAGAGGUGAUGCAACUCACAAUUUUUUUUUAUGUGGACGAGAUCCUCUGAUUAGAGGUGUACGAAGAACCGUGCAUUAAAAAUCUUGUUACUCACUUCACUUACUAUCUGAAAGAUACCUUGGACAAUAUGAACAGCUACAAAACAUGUACUCGAUUAAAUCAAACAUUGAAUGGCCGCCUGAACUGUGGCCCCGGGGCACCGCUACACCUUGCUUCUUAGUAACUGCGCCACUGCUUAUAGUCUGUCACCUAGUGGCUGGCUGGAGGUGGGUUAGCUGACGUGUGCUUACAAUAAACGCUUCUAAAGUA